UCCCACCUCUUUCCGUCUACUGUGCUGAUAGAUCCGCCUUGGUGACGUCACGACUCACCUGUGGGUGGGUAUAGGAUCUGGGAUUAGCAGUAACCGAGGCUAAUAGCCAAACAUUGGGAGGCUCACGGAAACAUUAGACUGUGGGUUUUACCAAAAGAAAGACGGUACGAAUGAGCUGAGUUGUUAAUCGGUCGAGGCACCAGAAUCCAGCAGGUCCCAGGCAUUUUGAGCCAUGCCUGGCCACAGCACGGGGGCUCCCCAGGCGUCCCGCCACCAUAAACACCACAGCUCCAGGGCAGACAAAUACAGACAGAGUCGGACUAUAUCCAGAGACAGCACUGCCAGCCAAGAGUCCUACAAGGAUCCUCACAGGGAGCAUCUACAUGAGCACCAUACUGACCACUCCCGAUAUUCAGACAAGAAUGAUGGCAGCAGAGGCCACCCCCGAAAUGGCAUGGGACGGGGCUCAGAGACUAUAGGAUUUAUUCCUGGGUCAGCAGACAGUAGGCCUGCCAGUGGACAUGCCUGUGGCUCCUGUGGCUCCGUGGGCUGGAGCAGCUGUAAGGCUCUUAUCUGCUGUGUACUGACCUGUGGAUUUUACAGCAGUCGAGAGCCCUGCCUGCCUGUUAACGAGAGCUCCACAGACCAUCCCCCUAAAGCAGGUUGUGAGCCUCACCCUCCUAAUGGCAUGGCUGUGAGCAACCCCACCUGUGGCGUCCCGCUGGAAUGCAGCAAGAUCACCAGAGUCUCUAAGCUCCCCACAAGUGACAGCUUUCGCUACCCAGAUGUGCGCAUCGCAGGUCAGACAGUAAGGUAUCCGGUUGCUGCUGCCCCUAAACGGACACGUACGCCUGGCAAGGGAGAAAGCCACCGACCAGUCAGCAACACCAGCCUAUUAUCCCGUGAAGACUAUGACUUAGAUGACUUGAGUGAUACGGGCACAGACAUUGACUCUCUUAUCACCAAGAAGCUGCUGGAGCUUUAUGCCCUGCACCAGAUUGACCAGCUGGCCAAGUGCACCUCUGACUCAUCUUUCUCUCGCAAGACCAACGAGAUCAGUGAGCUCAUCUACAGCAUCGCUCAGGACUACAACCUGGAGGAGCAGGAGGCUGAGUGCAAGCUGGUGCACGGGGUCAUCCGCAUAAGUACACGAAAAAGCAAGAGAAACAAAAGCCAUCAGUCAACAGCACCGCGUCCUAAUGGGAGGAGCAACGGGACCCUCCCUGACAGUGGAAAUGAAACCAUGACCAACACCUUCAUAAGCAGUGACUUUCCAGAGGUGAAAGUGUCAGAGCAGACGCCAUCAGAUGAGCUGGCAAGGAAGAUGAGACAUUACAGCGGGAGGAUGUACUCAUCCAGCACCAUGACAACCUACUCCCCCAGCCAUCAUGACACAGAAACAGACUCUUCAGGUGCUCCUCUGCUUCUCUGAAGGGCAACACAGAACCAAAUGUACCUGAACUAACAAGGGAUGUAGCCAAAACUAAAUGGACCAUUUUAUGCUUCUGCUGCUGUAUCAUUUAUGCUGUUACUGAGUGGAGCACUUUUGGGCAGUUUUAAUGGGCCGCAAACAUUAGUUUGCUAUUAAGUUUGUGGACCUUUGUAUCUUUCCAGCAAAUGCUCCAGUAAGGAAACUUUGUUUUUUUUACACAGAAAAAUAUGAUGUAGGUUUUACGUAUUAGUAUAUAGUGUUUAAAGCAGUUUUCAGAAACAUGACUACACUCCAUGAAAUCUUAGCAGUCAAGUCAGAGGAUAGAGACUGAUGGUACAACACAACCAUCCUCAUUCUUGUCUGUGUGAUUGUUUAUGCAAGCCACUGUGCAUGUACUGUUUGCACGGGCCUAUUGACUCCUGUCAUUUAGAUGACUAAGAGGCAUGUUUUGACCUGAAAACUGUGUUGGUAAGCCACAUUUUCAUACACAUGUGUACAUAUUUUUAAAUCGUUACAUACUGGGUUGCUUAACCCUUUGUGGCAUUUAGCCACUUUUUUUUUUUAAGUUCAUGUUUGUUUUUAACAAAAUAAAAAUGCUUGUUUAUGCUGCUUCAUGUGUAAUUCAGUGUAUUUAUAUGUACAGAAAUGUUGCUUAGGUCACUGUUUCUCAUUUUAGCUCAAAGGAAAGACAUGCUUGUACAGAGAGCUGUGUCAACGUAAAUAAAAUUACUCAUGCAGUCUGGAUAUAAGCAGCUUAG